CAUCUAUGACCGUGGCAGUCGUCCCUGUGCAGGCAUCCUCUGCCAAAGUGAUGACAACAGCACCACCUAGAACAUCGUCAACGACCACAGCCGGAACAUCAUCACACACAACGAUGACAUCCAGAACACCUUCGCAAACAGCAGCGGCCAAAGCAACCUCACCACCAACAACAACAGCAGCCAACACAACAAAAGUGACCACCAAGAAGUCAACACCUCGACUUACCACAACACCUGACUCAGCCAGAACAUCUGAUUGGUCGGACAUAACCGAAGGUAAAGCCUCUCUAAUCAUGAUGAUUAUAAAUAACAUAUGAAAGGGGACUCUGGUGAGCUUAAAAUAAUAUCAUCCUAAACGCAGUUUCCAUUUUUAAUAGUGGCAUGUUGUUAAAUCAUUGCAAAACAAAAAAAAAAACGCUUUAUGAGAAAUAUCAAAAGUUUAGUGGCUAAGAUCUGAAAGAAAAUUUUACCGUCCUGAAUUACUUUACUGAUUGUGGUGUUCAAAAUUAGUUUCAGAUUAAUCUUUUUUUUUUUUUUUCCCUCAAUUUGGACAAUUUUCUGGUGAUAGUUUUAACAGUACAUUUUGAAUGAUUUUAUUGAUUGGUCAAAAUGUAACUUUGCAUGUGUUGUUUACCUCUCUCAAUAUACUUCCGUAAAUUUGUAUUCGCCCAAUUAAAACCUCAACACUUUUCAAAUUCACAGAUCUAUAGUAUAACAACAACAGGCCCUAUGUUAAAAAGUCAUCACUUUUUUUUAAAUCCGCCAUCAAUUGUGUAACAACAACAGGCUCUGUGUUAAAAAUACCAUCCGACUUUUCAAUCAACAGAUCAAUUGUACAGCAACAAAGGCCCUAUGUUAAAGACCCAUCCGACUUUUCAAUCCACAGAUGAAUUGUUCAUCAACAACAGGCCCUAUGUUAAGAACCCCAUCCGACUUUUCAAUCAACAGAUCAAUUGUAUAGCAACAAAGGCCCUAUGUUAAAGACCCAUCCGACUUUUCAAUCCACAGAUGAAUUGUACAACAACAACAGGCCCUAUGUUAAGAACCCCAUCCGACUUUUCAAUCAACAGAUCAAUUGUAUAGCAACAAAGGCCCUAUGUUAAAGACCCAUCCGACUUUUCAAUCCACAUAUGAAUUGUACAUCAACAACAGGCCCUAUGUUAAAGACCCAUUCGACUUUUCAAUCCACAGAUGAAUUGUACAUCAACAACAGGCCCUAUGUUAAAAACCCAUCCGACUUUUCAAUCCACAGAUGAAUUGUACAUCAACAACAGGCCCUAUGUUAAGAACCCCAUCCGACUUUUCAAUCCACAGAUGAAUUGUACAUCAACAACAGGCCCUAUGUUAAAGACCUAUCCGACUUUUCAAUCCACAGAUGAAUUGUACAUCAACAACAAGCCCUAUGUUAAGAACCCCAUCCGACUUUUCAAUCCACAGAUGAAUUGUACAUCAACAACAGGCCCUAUGUUAAGAACCCCAUCCGACUUUUCAAUCCACAGAUGAAUUGUACAUCAACAACAGGCCCUAUGUUAAGAACCCCAUCCGACUUUUCAAUCCACAGAUGAAUUGUACAUCAACAACAGGCCCUAUGUUAAGAACCCCAUCCGACUUUUCAAUCCACAGAUGAAUUGUACAUCAACAACAGGCCCUAUGUUAAGAACCCCAUCCGACUUUUCAAUCCACAGAUGAAUUGUACAUCAACAACAGGCCCUAUGUUAAGAACCCCAUCCGACUUUUCAAUCCACAGAUGAAUUGUACAUCAACAACAGGCCCUAUGUUAAGAACCCCAUCCCUCAAAUCAUCGGAGAGCGUGGAAGGGUCUUUAAGUUUGCCAUCCCACCGGAAGUUUUCAUCGAUGUGGAAGAUGGCAACACUCGGUCUCUAAGACUGUCCCUGGAGCUGACCCCAACUCAAGAACUGCCCACAAACUUUUGGCUCUACCUGGACCAUGGCUCGCAGGUA